AUCUCUCCCCAUUUCUAUUAAAUAUAUUUUUCCACGCAGUCACUCCAAAUAUUUUCCCACGCAGUCUUAAGACUUUAAUCCGAAGCGCACAGUAUUUUUCCACGCAGAAACCUUCCAGAAACGAGCGGAAAAGCGUCCCCCAACCCAGCACACGCUGACGACACACCGGCGAGGCAGACAGGCAGAUCAGCCGCACCUCCCCAGUCCCCCUUCCCCACCUACGACGACCGCCGCGGACGAAUCAAAAAAGCUUCCUCCUCCCGGCGUCGCCUCCGCGCGUGGAGGCGACGAUCCAUUCCGCCCCCCGUAGGAUUUUGCUCCUCCCGAUCCGGACGUCAGAUCUCGAGUGGCGGCACGCGGAUCUGGGGGUUUCUCUAGAGGCGGCGGCGGCGGCCGGAACAGGGGCAGAUGGCGCUCUCGGGGAUGCGGGGGCUCUCGGUCUUCAUCAGCGACAUACGCAACUGCCACAACAAGGAGCAGGAGCGCCUCCGCGUCGACAAGGAGCUCGGCAACAUCCGCACGCGGUUCAAAAACGAGAAGGGCUUAUCACCAUACGAGAAGAAAAAAUAUGUAUGGAAAAUGCUUUACAUUUAUAUGCUGGGUUAUGAUGUUGAUUUUGGGCAUAUGGAAACUGUCUCGUUGAUAUCUGCACCAAAGUAUCCUGAGAAGCAGGUUGGGUAUAUUGUGACAUCUUGCUUACUGAAUGAGAAUAAUGAUUUCUUAAGAAUGGUAAUAAAUACAGUAAGGAAUGACAUAAUCGGACGAAAUGAGACCUUCCAGUGCUUAGCAUUGACAAUGGUAGGUAACAUUGGUGGUAAAGAAUUUUCUGAGUCACUAGCCCCAGAUGUCCAGAAACUUCUUAUUUCAAGCAGUUGCCGUCCUGUUGUCAGAAAGAAGGCUGCUCUAUGCCUUCUGCGGCUUUAUAGGAAGAAUCCUGAUGUUGUGAAUAUUGAUGGCUGGGCUGACCGAAUGGCACAACUUCUAGAUGAGCGUGAUUUAGGUGUGCUGACAUCUGUCACGAGUCUUUUUGUUUCACUAGUAUCCAACAAUGUUGAAGCAUAUUGGAAUUGUCUUCCUAAAUGUGUGAGAAUAUUGGAGAGGUUAGCAAGAAAUCAAGAUAUUCCACAAGAGUACACUUACUAUGGAAUUCCAUCUCCUUGGCUUCAGGUUAAGACAAUGAGAGCUCUUCAGUACUUCCCUACCAUUGAAGAUCCCAACGCAAGACGAGCUUUGUUUGAGGUUUUACAGCGCAUUUUGAUGGGUACUGAUGUUGUUAAAAACGUUAACAAGAACAAUGCCUCACAUGCUGUUCUCUUUGAAGCUCUUGCUCUGGUCAUGCAUCUGGAUGCUGAAAAGGAGAUGAUGUCACAGUGUGUGGCUCUUCUUGGGAAGUUUAUUGCAGUCCGGGAGCCAAACAUUCGGUACCUUGGUCUGGAAAACAUGACUAGGAUGCUGUUAGUAACAGAUGUGCAGGAUAUCAUUAAAAGGCACCAGGCUCAGAUCAUCACAUCUUUGAAGGAUCCAGAUAUCAGCAUUAGGAGAAGGGCUCUUGAUUUAUUAUAUGGCAUGUGUGAUGUUACAAACGCGAAGGAAAUUGUGGAGGAGUUGUUGCAGUACCUUGAUACAGCAGAAUUUGCAAUGCGUGAAGAGUUGUCUCUGAAGGCAGCUAUUCUUGCAGAAAAAUUUGCUCCGCAACUAUUGUGGUAUGUUGAUGUUAUUCUUCAACUUAUAGACAAAGCUGGAGAUUUUGUAAGUGAUGAUAUAUGGUAUCGAGUGGUACAAUUUGUUACGAACAACGAAGACCUACAGUCAUACGCUGCAACUAAAGCGAGAGAAUAUCUUGACAAGCCUGCUUUACAUGAGACGAUGGUCAAGGUGAGUGCCUACCUUCUUGGGGAGUAUGGACAUCUUUUGGCCCGGAGACCUGGCUGUAGCCCUAAGGAAUUGUUUGCUAUUAUAAAUGAUAAACUUCCUACAGUAUCGGCAAGUACUGUAGCUAUUCUUCUCUCAACCUAUGCCAAGAUAUUGAUGCACACUCAACCUCCUGAUGUUGGACUGCAACAACAAAUCCUCACAAUAUUUAAAAAGUACGAGAGCUAUAUUGAUGUUGAAAUACAACAGAGAGCAGUUGAAUAUUUUGAACUAAGCAGGAAAGGUCCUGCUUUGGCAGAUGUGUUGGCUGAAAUGCCAAAAUUCCCUGAACGUGAGUCUGCACUGUUGAAGAAGGCUGAAGACGCUGAAAUUGACACAGCAGAGCAAAGUGCCAUAAAGCUACGCAGUCAGCAACAAACAUCUAGUGCUCUUGUUGUAGCUGAUCACCCCCCUGCAAAUGGAUUUGCACCACCAGUUAAUAAUCUCACUCUUGUGAAGAUGCCAAGUCAAACUGUUUCUGACACUCAGGAGAGUGGAGUAAGUUAUGAAGAAGCUCCUAAGCCUCCUGUUGAAGCUCCCAAAGAAAAUGGGACUCCUGUCGAAGUGCAGAACAGGGACACAAACAUUACUGAAAUCAACAAUGAGAUUAAAGCUGAACCUCCCUCUACAUCCCAUUCUACCUCUCCCGGAGACCUCCUCCUGGCAGAUCUUUUGGGUCCUCUUGCGAUAGAAGGCCCUCCUGCUGUAGAGCAAAAUCCUGCCCAAGGAUUGAAUGCUAAUCAAAGUCCAGCUGGUGACUUGGCACUUGCUACCCUUGAUGAUCAGUCCAACUCAGUUCAGCCAAUUGUCAACGUCGAGGAGAAGUUUCAUAUUUUGUGCACAAAAGAUAGUGGGGUGCUGUACGAGGAUCCUUACAUCCAGAUUGGCUUGAAAGCGGAGUGGCGUGCCCAUCAUGGCCGUCUUGUUCUUUUCCUGGGUAACAAAAAUACUUCAGCCCUUACGUCAGUGCGGGCGCUGAUUUUGCCUCCUAGUCAUUUGAAAAUGGAACUUUCGUCAGUUCCUGAUACUAUUCCUCCAAGAGCGCAGGUGCAAGUUCCCCUUGAGGUUGCGAAUCUCCUUGCAAGUAGAGAUGUUGCGGUUCUAGAUUUCUCGUAUGCUUUUGGGACUUCACUGGUGGAUGCCAAACUUCGACUCCCUGUUGUAUUGAAUAAAUUUUUGCAGACUAUAACUCUUACCCCUGAAGAAUUUUUCUCCCAGUGGAAAGCGCUUACUGUUCAUUCGCUGAAGGUUCAAGAAGUGGUUAAAGGUGUGAAACCCAUGCCUCUUUCUGAGAUGGCUAAUCUUUUCAUGAGCCUUCACUUGGCGGUCGCUCCUGGACUUGAUAACAACCCGAACAAUCUGGUUGCAUGCACGACAUUCUUUUCUGAAGCAACACGUGCCAUGCUUUGUCUGAUACGAGUUGAAACAGAUCCACAAGACAGGACCCAACUGCGGCUAACAGUUGCCUCGGGCGACCAAUAUUUGACAUUCGAGUUGAAAGAGUUCAUCAAAGAACAUCUGGUUGAUAUCCCAAGGACUCAGGUCGCCCCACCUCGCGCAGCAGUCCAGCCACAGUUGCCUACUACAGCACCUGCCACAUACAAUGACCCUGGUACCAUGCUUGCUGGAUUGCUAUGAGAAGUAACCCGAAGGAAUAGUGUUUUGAUGUACAUGACAGUUAUUUAAUACGAGGAUCUAACAUCUCCACAAGCAUCUUGCUGCCAAGACGUACACGUGGAGCAACCAAGAAAGAGCUGGCGGAGUGUAGUCUCCAUGAGGAUUCUAAACCGAGAAAGAGCUUAGAUUCUUUUUGUGCGGUUUGAAGGCCCCCUCCCUCUCCAUGUAGCAGUUGCCGUAUUGUGUAAGCGUAACUUGUUGUUUCUCAUUAUUAUCAUCCCCUUUUGGUCCAUUUGUAUAACCUGUAUCGCCCAUGUCUGGUGGUGGACAAUCGGUAGUUUUUGUGUGUUAAUAUAAGGUGCUAGGUUUUCCCACCAUGCCGAUUGUAAAGUUGCCCUGGUGCGCAUUGCACUGCGAUUUGUACGGAAUAGGGAAGGAAAAAUUUAUAGGUUUUGCUUUGUGCAUGUUCUAUGGUUUGCAUA